UCAAUUCGGAGGCCCCGCCCCGCCAACAGGCCCCGUCGCGCCUUGAGGCCCCGCCCCCGAGCCCGAAGAGGCGUGGUCUUCGCAGGCGCGGAUGUGGCCCCGCCCUUAAUUCCGGGGGCUGCGUGGUCUGCGCAGGCGCGGGGGUGGACCACCCGGAGACAUGGCGGCGCCCACGGAUCCACAGCUCCUGUGGCGGCUGGUACGAGAGGGACAGCUGGAGGCGGUGCGGGAGGCGCUGCGCGGGGCGGCGAGCGUGGGGCCCGGGCCGGCGGGGGCCUCGCUACUGCACUGCGCCGCCCGGUACGGCCGCGCCGCCAUCCUGGCCCACCUGGUCGAGGCCUGCCACCUGGACCUGGAGGCCGCCGACCGUGACGCCCGGCGCCCGCUGCACGAGGCGGCCGCCGCGGGCCAGCGCGACUGCCUGCGCUACCUGCUGCGGCGCGGCGCCAAGGUGGACUCCCUCAAGAGGGCCGACUGGACUCCUUUGAUGAUGGCUUGCACCAAGAGGAAUCUUGGAGUGAUCCAGGACCUCGUGGAAUAUGGUGCCAACCCUCUUCUGAAGAACAAGGAUGGCUGGAACUGUUUCCACAUUGCCAGCCGAGAAGGCGACCCCCUGAUCCUCCAGUAUUUGCUCACGGUGUGCCCGACUGUCUGGAAGACUGAGAGCAAAAUCAGGAGAACACCACUGCACACCGCAGCAAUGCAUGGCUGCUUGGAGGCAGUACAGGUGCUGCUGCAGAGGUGCCAGUACGAACCAGACUACAAAGACAACUGUGGCCUCACCCCCUUCAUGGACGCCAUUCAGUGUGGGCACCUCAACGUGGCCAAGCUGCUUCUCGAGAAACACAAGGCCUGUGUUUCUUCCGAGGACGCUCUGGGGGCCCAGGCUCUCCAUAAAGCAGCGGUCACUGGGCAGAGUGAAGCCAUCUGGUUCCUGGUCUCCGACCUGGGCGUUGACGUAAAUGUGAGAGCCACGUCUACCCACCUCACCGCACUUCACUGCGCAGCCAAGGAAGGACACGUGGACACGGUGCAGACACUGUUAUCCUUGGGUGCUGCCAUCAACUCAAAGGACGCCAGAGACAGAUCAGCCCUGCAUCUGGCCUGCUCAGGGCAGCAUGCGGCCUGCGUGGACUUCCUCCUUCAGGCUGGCCUCCAGGAUAGUCCAGACAGCUCAGGCUCCUGGGCUCGGCAGCUCACAGAGAGAGCAGACAUCCUCCGGUGCUUCAGCCACAGUGAAACAGCGCCGGGGGGUGUCUAACGGAAGGCGGUGGAUGCCUGACGGCUCGCUUCCUGUUCGGCUUCCAGGAGAAGCAGUCGGGGGCCAUGAUGUUCUUCUGGCAACAGCCCUCUCCAUCCCAGCUGGAGAGCCCCGGGCGACGGGGAGGCUGGGCCCCAGCUGGGCCCCAGCUGCGUGUGAGCGCAGUGAGAUAUGUGGAGCCACAACACAUCCCCCACUGUCCACAUUUCACUUCUUCUGCCCUUGAAGUGUGAGGAGCCAGUACCCAGCACCCCAGGAGAAGCUAUGUUGUGUGUGGUGUCUGUGUACUUCCGUUACCUGCAAUGUUCAUACCUUUCCUGUAAGAACAAGAACUUUGAAACUCUGAGGUUGCUGUGUGCUUGGACCAUAAAACAACGUCUUCCUUGACAUUACAGCAGCUUGACUUCUGCCAAGAGGAGGGAGAUGUCGAUGAUCUGUUUACACAGGCAUUUGCAGAAGCCACUUGCUCCGAGCACUGGGCACUGAGCACCGCGCUGCUGGUUAAGCCGUGCUGCUCCAACCCGGAGGUCUUCCUUUGGAGGAGACAAGUUCUCUGCAGACCCCUCGGGUGAUAAAUGUGCCCUAAAAAUACAUUGAGAUUUUUUUCAAGCUUUCCUGUCACCUUAGGUGAACUGAUGGGAUUCACGGGGACUUGGUGGUGGCACACCUGGUUAAGUGCUCACAUUACAGUGCACGAGGACUCGGGUUCGAGCUCCUGCCCCACUGGCAAGAGUGGUUCAUGAGUGGUGAAGCAAGGCUGCGGGUGUCUGUCUUUCCUCUCUAUCUCUCCUCUCAAUUUCUAUCUCUAUCCAAUAGUUAAUAAUAAUAAUAAUAAUGAUUUAAAAAUAGGCUCCUUUUUCUUAAACCCACAGGUUUACUGUACCAUCCCAUCUGGGCACUAAAGCCGUUAAAUAAAUGUUAAAAGGAA